AUGAAAACCAUUCCUACUUUGCAUCAGUGGUUAGCCUGGAUAAAGACCAACUUCUCUUUGAGCGUGAAGCGAAUUAUCAUAGAUUGUAGUUCUGCCGAGACAGCUGCAAUUAGAGAUGCCUUUGAAGGCUUUGUUCAAACUCUCUUGUGCCAUUGGCAUAUCAAGCGUGCGUGGGAAACCCACGUCAAGCGAGGCGUGAAGAUAAGCAGGCCUACUCACGACACAAAGCUGGUAAGGGAUCGUGUUUGCGCUAAUCUGAAUAGUAUGAUGUACUCAGAAACGCCGAAAGCAUUCGAUCUGGCCCGUCAGCUGUUCCUUGCUGAAAAUAAGGAAUUUGAAAAUGCUUCUUUCCACACUAACAAUCUGAUAGAAUCGUAUCAUAACCAAUUGAAGACGUUCUAUCUUGGUCGUUCUCGCUCUUUGCGUGUAGAUUGUCUAGUCUACUUGUUAUUCCAAGUGGUAGUAUUAGAUUAUUUGCAGGACACAAUCGAAGCUGUGCAUGGUUUUGGUGGGUUUCGCUUGAGAGCCAACGAAGAAAAGAAGAGAAGAGCAGCAUACUGCAUUGACUACCACGUAGCCUGUUCUAUAGUAGAUCAGCUCGAAGAAAGUGUUUACCAGUGCAGGUCCUUCACUGAAAACAUCCUCUUCUACGAGAUGAUACUAAAGAAGGCUUUCUGAAGAACUGCAGCUGCCCUGAUCAAACGAAGAUGUGUAAGCAUAUUUUUUUGGUCAGCCGCGUAACCAAGCUGCCUUUUUCUCCUCGUGUUCCUGCCCCUGUUGCUCAGCAAGAAAGGUUUUCUGUCCCAAAUGAAAACCAAGGCCAUCUUUGCCGUGAAAUAUAAUUUGGCGUUAUUUAUCAGAUUUGUUUCACUGUAUAAGCAUGAGGCUUUGUAAGGCCUACUGCACCAGUGAUCUGUUAAUCUGCCUCAUUACAGGAAGCGUGGCUGUAAUUAAAAGCUCGUAUGAUCUCCUGAAAUAAACUGUGGGAUUUCCUUUUUUGAAUCUUGCAGUAUCCUAUUGCAGCGU